CUCGCGCCGCCCGGGGGGCGCUGCAAAUAGUCCUUUGUUUACAUGCAAUUCCUUACUCCGCGGAAGGAGGCCGGGGGAGUGCUGAGUUUUCACCAGCUGUUUCCCGCCUUGAAACAGACAUCUGAUCAGCUGCAAACACACACACACAUACACACGCCCGGGGAGGCAGGCCGGAGAGACCUCCCUCCCGCCCCUCCCGCCCGCCUCCCUCCCCUCGCCGCCGCCGCCGCCGCCGCCAGCAUCUGGGACCGGCCGUUUCUGCACCUCCGUCCGGCGCUGCCCUUUGAUUCGGAUUUCCAUCUUGCAUUCUCCGGCGGACCGCGGGACCCGGCUCGUGCAGAGGAGGGGGGCCGAUCGCUAUGGAGUAUUUCAUGGUGCCCACUCAGAAGGUGCCCUCUUUGCAACAUUUCAGGAAAACAGAGAAAGAAGUGAUAGGAGGGCUCUGUAGCCUUGCCAACAUUCCACUGACCCCUGAGACGCAGCGGGACCAGGAGCGGCGGAUUCGGCGGGAGAUCGCCAACAGCAACGAGCGGAGGCGCAUGCAGAGCAUCAACGCGGGCUUCCAGUCCCUCAAGACCCUCAUCCCCCACACAGAUGGAGAGAAGCUCAGCAAGGCAGCCAUUCUCCAGCAGACGGCGGAGUACAUCUUCUCCCUGGAGCAGGAGAAGACCAGGCUCCUGCAGCAGAACACACAGCUCAAGCGCUUUAUCCAGGAGCUGAGCGGCUCAUCCCCCAAGCGGCGGCGGGCAGAGGACAAGGAUGAGGGCAUCGGCUCGCCGGACAUCUGGGAAGACGAGAAGGCAGAGGAUCUGCGUCGGGAAAUGAUCGAGCUUCGGCAGCAGCUGGACAAGGAGCGCUCGGUGCGCAUGAUGCUGGAGGAGCAGGUGCGCUCGCUGGAGGCCCACAUGUACCCAGAAAAGCUCAAGGUGAUUGCACAGCAGGUGCAGCUGCAGCAGCAGCAGGAGCAGGUGCGGCUGCUGCACCAGGAGAAACUGGAGCGGGAACAGCAGCACCUGCGGACCCAGCUGCUGCCCCCCCCGGCCCCCACCCACCACCCUACAGUGAUUGUGCCGGCGCCACCCCCUCCCUCCCACCACAUCAACGUCGUCACCAUGGGCCCCUCCUCGGUCAUCAACUCUGUUUCCACGUCCCGGCAAAAUCUGGACACCAUCGUGCAGGCGAUCCAGCACAUCGAGGGCACCCAGGAAAGGCAGGAGCAGGAGGAGGAACAACGACGAGCCGUCAUCGUGAAGCCAGGCCGCAGCUGCCCGGAGGCCCACGCCUCCGACACUGCCUCCGAUUCGGAGGCCUCGGACAGCGACGCCAUGGACCAGAGCCGGGAGGAGCCAGCAGGGAAUGGGGGGCUUCCCUGACCACCCCCCAGCCCUCCUCUCCUCUCUUGGAGCUGGAGGGGGCCGGGGGGCAGCUACAGGGAGCAAACGCAGGUGAACGAGUGAGGAAUUUUUACAAAAUUACAACGUCAUUUGGGUCUCUUUUAUGACCUCUUUUUCAAUACUGUAAAUCGACCUUUGAGUGAAGCCACCCGACCUGAGGUCCCCGGGGGCUGGGGUGGCAGGGGCAUGUUGGGAGCACCGGGACACCUGGGGCUGGGCCUCGCCCCGGAGGCUGGGGGAAGCUGACACAGGUGCCUGGCCUCUCUCCGCCAAAAAGCAUUUUUUCAUUUAAACAUGUUUUUAAGAACAGGGAAAAAUCAAACAAAACCCCAAGGUAUGCUGCCCUCCCCAGAGCCAGCCCUAGACCGGCAGUUUCUGACUCCUUCCCUCCUCUUUUUGUUUUUUUCCUUUCUCCUUUAAGCACUUACAUGGGUUGGGGGUCUGGCUGGGUCGGAGCUCUCUGGGGACCCCGGGGGUCUACGUUGCUUCUCGGUUGGGGUUUGCUGCUGCCCUUCUCCCCUCCCCUCCCGGCCUCGGCUCAGCUCGAGGAUUUCCCCACCACCACCCAGCCCCACCCCUCCCUCCAGGUUUCCCAUCUUCCACCCCAAAAAUGUCUUUGUCUCUCUCUUUUUGUUGUUUGUUGUUGGUUCCUUUUGGUUUUGGUUUUUUAUCUUUUUGUUUUGUUUUUGUUUUGUUUUUUUGUUUUUUUUUAUUUUUGUUUUGUUUUUUUUUUUUAAACAAUUUUGAGGUCUUUGUGUUCAAGGAGAAGCUAUUAUAUUUUGUUAAGAAAGUGGGGGGAAAAACCAAGAGGCCACCGUGCCUUUAUAAA